AUGGGAAACUACACAUCAGUAACCAGAUUCAUCCUCCUGGGACUGACAGAUGACCCCCAGCUACAGAUUCUGAUUUUGAUAUUUCUCCUUAUCACCUACAUGUUGAGUGUAAGUGGAAACCUGACUAUCAUCAUCCUCACAUUAGUGGAUUCUCACCUUAAGACCGCCAUGUACUUUUUUCUCCAAAAUUUCGCAUUCUUAGAAAUCUCAUUCACCUCUGCCUGUAUUCCUAGAUUCUUAUACAGUCUAUCAACAGGAGACAGGGUCAUUACCUACAAUUCUUGUGCAUGCCAACUCUUUUUUACAUAUGUUUUUGGAAUAACAGAGUUUUUCCUCCUGGCCACCAUGUCCUAUGAUCGCUAUGUAGCCAUCUGCAAACCCCUGCAUUACGUGACCAUCAUGAACCACAGAGUCUGCCAAAGGCUCAUCUUCUGCUGUUGGAUGAUCACUUUACUGAUCAUCCUCCCACCACUUAGCUUGGGGCUAAAUCUGGAAUUCUGUGACUCUAAUGCCAUUGACCACUUUAUCUGUGAUGCUAAUGCUCUCUUGAAGAUCUCAUGCUCAGAUACAUGGUUCAUAGAUCAAAUGGUUAUUGUUGGCUCUGUGCUGAUUUUUAUCAUGACGCUUGUGUGUGUGGUUUUGUCCUACAUGUAUAUCAUCAGAACGAUCCUAAGAUUUCCCUCUGCCCAGCAAAGAAAAAGGGCAUUUUCCACAUGUUCUUCCCACAUCAUUGUGGUCUCCAUCACUUAUGGCAGCUGCAUCUUUAUAUAUGUCAAACCUUCAGCAAAAGAUGAAAUGACCAUUAAUAAGGGAGUUUCAAUACUCACAACCUCCAUUUCUCCCAUGUUAAAUCCAUUUAUUUACACUCUGAGGAACAAACAAGUGAAACAAGCCUUUAAUGACAUAGUCAAAAGAUUUCUAUUUCUCUCUAGGAACUAG